GAGCCCUUCCCAGUGGCUACACUAUAUUAUCAGCAGCUGGUACUUUAGGAGAGGGGGAUUGAGUACCUCGACGGCCUCCGACCUUCGGGAGUCAUGCACCCAGCAGUUGACCCGGCUCUAGUGGAGCCAGAUGCUGGGGUUCCACCUCUAGAGCAGCUACCUGCUCGAGCACCCGGCUGCUGCCGGUGUCCCGAGCUCCAACAACCUAUACACCAGCAGCAGCAACUUCAUCAUCCAGAACAGUCGGUGAUCCCCGCGUCCAGAGGAUGGAUCGCCUCGAGACUCAGUUUGGGGGAGUGAAUCCAGCAUCGACCGGCAGAUGGCUCAACGCCAGGGUCUCAUUAGAGAUGAUGAGCCGAGGCCUUUGACCGAGUGCGAGGUAGCCGACGAGGGAGAUAUGUCGCAGAGCCAAUUCCUUGAGCCCCACUAGUCCACUUGGAACUCUGAACUUGUUUUUCUUAUUUUUCUUUCGUUUAUGUGUUUGUGACUAUAAACUACUACUACUAUCGUAUUGUGUUGUGUAAUAACCUCGCCAUGAGCGAGUCGUAUUGUGUUUGUGUACGUGUGUUUUUGUCUUAUCCUUGAAGCUUCAAAUCUCCUACCCCAGAAACAAUUCUAACUUUCACUCACCAAGCAAAGCGGUAAUAUCCUUCUACCCCUAUCUUACGCCAUUGAGGGCAAUGUCGAGCUUAAGUGUGUGUGUGUGGGGGGGGGGGGGGUAUUUUAUUAUUACUCUUGUGUGAGUGUGAUUAAUGCUUGGAGCCUUGAGUUUUUCCCAAAUUUGAAAUAUUUGAGGGCUCCAAGCAAUGUUUGCAUGAUCAAAGUGGCCGGAUUGUGGAAGAAUCUCGUGUUUAUUGGCAUUGACCUUGAAUUGUUGCAUGUGAUCGAGUAUGUCCUAUGAUGAUGAAUGAGAGGUCCAAGGGUGAUGCAAAGGUUUAGUUCUCAUGUGUGCAAAAAUGAAUGGAUGUUUUGACUCGAUUACUUGUUUAUUACAAUUGCCAUGCAUGUUGCUUUGUGAAUUGGAAUAGAUGGUUGGGUGACUAGGUAGGCAUGUGUUUUUUGAGCUGAUCGUUUUCUUCUUGUGUGCUUAGAUCCCUCUUACCAUGGCGAGUAACAUCACAGCUGUCACUAGUGAGUAAGAUGGAGGCAUAGGAUUAGUCCACGCCCAAAUGUUGAUUGUCCCAAAAUGAUUUAUCCACUAGUCAAACCCUUUGAGUCUUGUGACUUUCGAGGCCGUUUUCAUGUUAGGAGCUUGUUGCUUGUGGUAGUAGUUAGGGGGAAGCAACACCCGAGUGAUACUUCUCAUCUAGAGCUUUCAAACCUUUUAGCUUUGCUUUGUUUUAAUUUAAUCCUUAUAGUUUUCAACCAAAAACCAAUCCGCUAGAUAAUGUUUCAAACAAUUAAAGUAGGGGGUACAUGGACCGGUCCGGGUUGAUAUGUAAACAUACUUGCCCUAUAUUGCACCCAUCUAAGGUUUAUACUUGGGCCUUAGGUGGGAUUUUGUUGUGAUAUUCGGGAUGAGUUAGCGGUUCACGCUCUUGGAUUACUGCUUCCUCCAAUGCUGCCAGUUGAUCUUGUAGUUACGGCUCCUCUAUUGGUUGUUCCCCUAGAAAAAGACAUUUCUCAAGAGAAUCAUCAGUACCAGCACUCGUGAUGGCGAGUGUUGUCUCAUAAUCUGUUAUAACGUUCCUAUAAUCCAAUUAAAUCAUCAUGUAGACAAAGAUGUUUUACAUUAUCUGAAACUGAAAAAGUGAAUUUCUCAUCCCUAUCCCACAAUAGAAAUUUUCCAUCAUU